AUGUUGCAACGAAAGCCGAUGCUUACCGAAUAUGUUGAUUCUUUAGGGAGAACUCCUCUUCAUUAUGCAGCUUCAGAGGGGUAUCGUAAUUUUGUGGUCGUUUCGGUGUUGGUUGCUACGGUCACAUUUGCUGCUGCUUUCACUGUCCCCGGUGGGUACAUAGCUGAUGAUCAUCCAGGCCGUGGCACAGCAGUUCUAGCAAAAGACCGUGCUUUCAAUUGGUUCCUAGCCUCAGAUUUUUUUGCGUUCGUCUCCUCCACCACAGCCACCUUCCUGUUCGCGUUUACAGAAGCACUGGUAGUUGAUAAACAUUUUCGCAGACUAGGCCUUUCUUUGGCCGUUGGUGCUCUAUUCGUGGCAAUUGGAGGCAUGUUCUGUGCAUUCCUGAGCG